CGCGAAAAGCUAAACAUCUUACCUAGAUACAGCUCAGUGUUGAUGUUGAUGUCUUCAUGGCACACAUCAUAACAUUGUAACAUCUUUCGUUUGCCAUGUAUCAUGGCUAUACACCACCUACUUGCGUACCUCCCUUCCUCUAUUUGAUCACCAGGGUAUGGAGGAAUUAAGGGGAAUAUAGUUAGUGUCUUAUGCAAUACAUGUUGUUGAUGCUACCCUAGGUACUCAUAGCUACUUGUGUCUGCUUAAGCUUCUGACACUCGAGCUUGAUUGACAUUGCAUGGACCGUCGUACGUACUCUGUGCUCCUUCCUGUAAGCAACCCUUCUGAAUCACAUGUGGGGUCAAGACAACAAAAGAAAAGAACUUCUUCACUCGCUCGGUAUUUACCAUCACAUUGGAUACAUGCCAACCAUUAAAAAAUCCGCAGGUCUCACGAAGUAGGAUAUGAUAGGCCAUUAAACUGCCUCAACAUUAAGCCCUAUUUUCCUAAUAGACAUAGUUAGGUCUAUUGAAAGCCUUUCUCCACCCAACUACAGCCAUCAAUCAUGGAUGGCGUACAAUCAUUUCUGAAUUCCCUUGGCCCAGAGGUUGAGGAUCCCGAAGAAGGUAGGCAUAGGAAUUCAUUUCCUAUCUAUUCCAUUUCAAAUAGUCUUCAAUAUAGCCAAGUGGUCUUCCAAUUGCUUGGAACGAGGCAGUGUGAGAGCCUUGGUCACACAGCAGCUGACCGUGGCGCAAAAUGCUUAACAAGAAAGGGGAAAACUUUGAAAUUAUCGAGAUGAUUAUUGACAAGUUUCUGUGUGACCAAAUUUUAUAUUAUGAGCACAACUUCGUAUCAUAUUUCCAAGAGUACUAAAGAAUCAGGCGGAUUCAUAAAAAUGUCCUAAAUCCCUCCAUAUUUAGCCAAGAUCAUAAGCUAAAUAGUAAUUAUAGAGGCGUUUCUGUUAUUCUCUCAAACUAUACCGUCUCAAAAUCUCGGAUUUGUCGAUUCAAAGGCCACAGAAAUAGAUUUGACAAUUAAUGGUAGAGACCUCACAAUUUACCAAUCCCCUACAAUUCUAUCAUCGAACCGAGAUGGUGGAACUACUGGAGCAGGUAAAUUACCUUUUCCUCGUGUAUGAACACUUCAAUUAAUUCAUCACUAAUGAUGGCAUCAGUGAUAUGGAAAAUCACUCCUCUUUUUGCAAAAUGGAUAUCCUCACCUUCCAAUCCACUCAUCCAACAUGAGGUCAUUACCCCAGAAUCAGUCGUUCUUGAAUUAGGCUGUGGGAUAUCUGGUCUAAUAGCCCUUACUCUAUCACCUCUCCUCCAGACCUAUAUCCUUACUGAUCAACCAUAUAUUCUGAAACUCCUAUCUCAGAAUCUCACUUCCAACUCCUCCACAUCAUCAAAUACCACAAACUCGAAAUCCAAACCUCGCAAAUCAAAAAAUUCUCCUUCAACAUCCGCAUCAACACUCCAACCACUCUCCACCAACAAAAUCAUCCCCCUAACCCUCGACUGGGAAACCGACGUCGUAUCGUCUUCCCUUACCUGUUCAGAAACCACUACAAGUUUCGACACAAUCAUAGCCUGUGAUUGUAUCUACAACGACGCCCUAAUCCCACCCUUCGUUCAAACUUGCGUCGAUCUCUGUCUUCUUCGUUCCUCAUCCUCAUCCUCAUCUUCAGAAGGAGAAAAUCAACCCAACCCAACUCUCUGCAUCAUAGCCCAACAACUCCGUUCCCCGGAUGUCUUUGAAUCCUGGCUCAAAGAAUUCAGUAAAUAUUUCAAAGUAUGGAGAGUACAGGAAGGGGGUAUACAGGAGUGUGGGCUAGGAGAAGAUUCGGGGUUUGUGGUGCAUGUUGGGGUUCUAAGAUAGGUAUUAGAAAUGCAAUAUUUCUCGUAAGUAGAGCACGGGAAAUACAAAGCUCACUCAAAAUAUUUUGUCAGCUUUGCUUCCGCUUCGUUCUUGUUGAGGGAUAUUUGGAUUUUUAUUACAAAGAUCAAUGAUUAUAUUGCUCUGUUGAAUAGAAUACCCUGAAUGCCAUUUGGAAUUAGAGGCCCAUAAAUAAAGUCAC